AUGUUUGGAGACGAAGGAGAGGUGAUGAGACUGGAUCUCCAACUAAAUGUCGACAAUUUUGAUCAAUUCUGGUUGCCUCAAGACCUCACCCCAAGUAACAAUAAUAACACUAUUUCGAACAGCAAUAACAAUAAUAAUGACGCUGCUAAUGAAAACAACAAUGAUAUCGAUCUCUUGAUUAAUGAGACACUUCAUGGCUUGCAAGACUUGGACGUGCCAAGUGGCUUUGCCAUGGCCAAUAGCAACAACAACGGAGCCGGUGCCGCAUUCGCAUCAGCUUCAGCAUCAUAUAGUCAUCACACAAGACACAAAUCGAAAACCCACAGUAGACAAAUGAGCGGCACGGCAAUUUUUGGUUUUAUUGAUCAUACGAGAGAUUUCUCUCUUGGUGGAAAUAUCCAGCCUAGUGAAUUUUAUAAGCCUAAUCAACAGUUAUUUGGCAAGUCUAUUGAUUGGAGGAAUAUCACCCCUGGUGAUUUACUUAAUGGAGGUGGUAAUAGCCAAACUCAAUUUCUGCAACAACUGCAACAACAACUGCAAAAACUAGAUAACAUCGGUGCUGCCUUAAAUCAAACACAAUCGCAAUCAAAAUUACAGAAUAAAUCUCCCUUAAAAGACCUUCCAAGCCAAGAUAUACUUAGCUUCAAUUUCGAAGAAAGACCUGAUCUUCUUGUUAAUGCCAGUGAUGACGGUGAUGAAGACUUUAGUAAUAAUCGUUUGGCACAACUGUCACCAAUCAAGCAAAUUUCAACACCAACUAAAACACAACAAAACCAAAAUCACAAUUUCCCUCAACAAAUUAGCACCACCCAACCACGUAACUUGAAACAAAAUGAUUAUGUUGUCACUAAUCAGAGCCCCAAAUCUUACAAAUUCCCACCACCAGCGCCAAGAGAAAGGUUGAAUAAAGAUGCCCAAAUGUCACCUUCACCGCUACAAGCAAGAAUGUCCAACAAGCAUCAAUAUCGUCAAGGUGAAACCAAUAAUAUCAUCAAUUCAUAUUCAGCUAAAUACUUGCAAUCACUACAAUCGAUGCAACAACUGCAACUGCUGCCACAACAAAGACAAAGGAAAAAUAGCUUCAUGGGUGAUGCUUUUUUGCAACCGAAAUUGCCGUUUGAGUAUAUUGAUGAUUUUGAACCGUUAUUGGAAGAAGAAGACUUGAUAAAACAAAGCAAUGAUAAUCAAAUGAUUUCUGAUUUGCAAUAUGUUCCUUUACCUGUCCAAGAUCCAACUUUUGCUCAAAUGGACCUGGGUAAAUCCAUUAAUAAUGAGAAUACGUACCGAAACGUUGCAACACAAGAAAACCAACAACAACAAUUGAUGUCGCCGGCAAUGGCACAUGCUUCAGCAAAUAAAAAGCAGCCUCCUCCACAAUCUAAUGAACAGCAGCAGCAGCAGCAACAACAACAACAACAACAAGGAAAUGAAAUUGCCAAUAAUCUCCUCUUCAACACCUUUUUACCGCCUCCUUCACCACCAACACUCUCAAAUUCAAACGAUUCACCAAACUGGCAAUCAUCCCCAGAACCACAGUCUCCGUCUCCCAACCGGUCCAGUUUAUUUGGCAAUAAUCAAAAUCAACAAGAUAUCUCUCCCUUACAUCCAAGCUUGAGAAAUUCCAGUGUCAACUUCUAUACCCCAAUGUACUACAAUCGACAGUCAAUUGAGCAACAGCAAAAGCAACCGGAACAGGCUUUAACUGGAUCAUUACACCAGAUUCAAGAAGAAGGACAACUCAAUAAUGAGUCACUGCACAAGUCGGCUCUAGACCAAAUACAAGUCCAACAACAGCAACAACAAAUACAGCAGUUGAGUCAACGUUACAAUCCAUCAACAGCAACAACAACUUCAGCAAGACAAUCCACUCAAAGCCCUACUCGCAACCCUAACUACUUAAAUUCAUCACCAUUUUCAACCAUAAACUCGUCACCAAUACGUUACUUUACAUCUCCAGAUAAACCAACAACCAAGGAUGUAUCACCAUCACAAAUACAACCACAAUCACAACCUCCACAACAACAGCUAGACACCAGCCCUGAUCCCAAUGCUACUGUCGCUCAAAUCACUCCAUUGCGCAACAACACCUACCUCUCCACACCAGUCAAAUCCAAAUCGACACAACCAUACCUCGAAUGGAGUCCCGUAAUCAGUCCCAACCUGAAAAACUCAUUGAAAAAACAACUCAAAGACUCAUCACCGCGAUACCGUAUCAAAAAGACAUCGCUACUUCCACCCGGUGAAUUGGACAACUACUGGAUCGGACCUAAUGAAAACAAACAAUUUAUAUGUACUUUUAAAAACUGUGGCAAAGUAUUUACGCGUCGAUACAAUGUGCGGUCGCAUAUCCAAACGCAUUUAAGUGACAGACCGUUCGGUUGUGAAUUCUGCGGCAAAAGGUUUGUUCGACAACACGACUUGAAUAGACAUUUGAAAGGUCAUAAUGAAACGAAAUUGAGUAAAUGCGCCUGUGGUAAAGAAUUUGUCCGUAUUGAUGCCAUGAGAAAACAUCAAGAGAGGAAUAUUUGCGUUGGUGGUGUUAGUGGCAUGGUUAAUAAACCUUCAGUUAAACGAAAGAACAAGAGCAAGGGUGGUGGAUUGACGACUUUUGAUGGUGGUGAUAUUGUUGGUGUUGACGAUGAACGGGUGAAAAAGAGGUUGUUUACUGAUUUGAUUCAAGAGGGGAGCUAG